AUGAAUAAGGCGGUGUCUGAUUCUGCAAAAGUCUGCAAGACAACGACCGAAAAAGUUGAUAAAAUAAUCUCUCAAACCAUUGAAUUCAUUGAAGAUUACAAGUCCACCUACAACACCAACACUGCAUCUGCGAACCAGGCUCUCAAGAACUUGGGUUCUAUGUUCAAAUCUGAGAAAGCUAAUUUACAAGAUCUUCGCAAGAGUCUUCAAAAGGACCAUGACACAUGUCAAACAUCUAUCUCUUCGCAGAUCACAAAACUGCAAGAUGAUUUGGUGAUGGAAAGCAAGAUAAUGCACGCUCUCGCCAUGAUGACGGAAAGGUGA